GUAAAAAUGGAUUCCUUUCAAGAUCUAAGAGAGCUUCGGGGUAACCAAGGGGGAGGGGAGAAGAAAAGGGUGUUAUAUCGAUGGAACCGAUUAUUAUGAUAAUGCCGUUGGAACUGCAGGAUUUGCCCGAAACCAUCACACCAGAGAGUAGCAUUGGUUCGAGCGUAGGUGGUGACUCUAGCAACCAUCGUUCUUUAGCCUCUAAAGAUUUGUCUUUAGAGAGGACACUCGGUGAUGUGGGGGACGCUGGAAAAGUUGCUAUCAGUCCGCCAAUGACAAGUACAGAGGUGAAUGUGGUUGUGUUUGAAGAAUGGGAGAAUAAGGUUAUCAGUAGGAGAUUGGACAAUCUUCGUAAAGCACCAAAAACUCUUCCGGUCGGCUUUAGGUUCAGGGUGGCACUGCAUCAUGAUGUGGCAGAUGGUUUGGCCAUAGUCAAAAGGGUUGUACAGUGUCAAGAACGGGCUGGAUACCAAUGAGAAAUGAGCAGCAUGCUGGAAAGGCAACGUCAGCGAGCUCAAAGCUCGAGAAACCGUGGGGCUAGGUUUGGUUCUCAAAGUCAAACGCGUUUUGACGAACGGCUGCUUGUGGCACCAGGGCACAGUUCGUCCCACAGAAGUUCAAGCUCAGCAUCGAGACCCCAUGCUGAGCAAAGAUGGAGAACGAGCUCAGGGGCUCAUGUCGUUCAAUCUACUACCGUUCGCUCUUCUAACGUGCCACCUAUGCCGGCACGUGAUGUUGCUGAGCCUUUGGCUGCAUCCUCAUUAGUAGAAGGGCCUAGGAUUGAAUACUCUGAGGGCUUCAGCUACCUCAAAGCUGAUUUCAAGGCCGCCAUUGUGCAGGCUGGUGGAAGUAAGUAUUCUCACCGAGCGUUCAGCUACGCUGUAGCAUUCUUUGAGUGCAAGCAGGGGGCGCGCAAGCAAAACCGUGAGCUCAAGAAGAGCUGUAAACAGUUGACCUCUGAGAAGGCAAGCUUGGAGGAUGAGGUCAGCCACCUGCAAAGCUCUGAGAUGGCGAACAGAGCUGCAUCAACAGGAGAAGGGUGGCCGAAGCCAACUGGAACGGUGCCCGAGCUGAGGUGUCCCUUGAGAGAGUCAAGAAGUCUCACCAGUGCUCUGUCUGUAUCGCCUGAGCACAAGGGACAGAGUGGUUGGUUGGAGCUAACAUCUUCUAAGACGCAGUGGCAAUCGCCUCAGCAAAUACCACCACGGAGAUCUACAAUGAAAUUCAUGGGAAGGCUGAGGUGGGAGCUUAAUGAAGAAGGAGUGCCAGUGUGGCCUCCAUCCAUUGUGGAAGAGGGGGAGGAUACUGAGGGUUUGCCAAGCUUUGAUGCUUGGGUGGCAGAGCCCCUUGAAGCAGAGGCUGAACCAUCAAGCACUCCCUCAUCCUCUCAGCCCGCCACAACUCUAGCUCUUCCCUCGCCAACUCAGCUAUCUCCUACUCAUGCUUCUGUUGCGCUCGCUAACACGUCUAUCCCCAUCGAUCUAACGGAUGAUUAGUUUAGGUUCAUUUCUUUCUUUUGUAUGUUUUGUACUAGUCACUUGACCCAUUAGAACAUUGUAAUGAUUGUCCUUUGCAUUUACGUGUAUAUUUUUUGGAAAGAAAUACAAAAUGGACAACAUU